AUGCCGUACACAAAUCCGUUCCCAUGGCUGCCGCCGCGAUUUGUGAACGGCCUUUUCCCCUAUGUUCGCUGGACGUUGCUCUGGUUUUACCAGGCCUUGGACAAGCUUCGCCUGCCGAUGGCUCUGCCAGCGCCUGGUCGCAAAUUGCCUGAUGUCACUGAAGCCUUGGCCUGCGGCUGCUGCGAACACAUCUGUAUCGGACGGGGCCUCCCGAAGCGAAGCGUGCAGGAGGCGCUGGUCACUCCACUGGGCCUUCCGGGGGACUUCCAGACUGCACCCUUCAUCGCUGUUUGGGGUGGACAUGCCGGCUUCGAUCGGGCCGUGAUGCUUUGGAGUCAGGAGGUCCUGGAGGCCGUCAACUCCGAAGGUGCCAGCUUCUUCCCCGGCGCCAGCGGUGAGCAAAUUCUCGUGAGCGGCGUGGACUGGACGCUGAUGACGACCGGCGUCCGGGUGCAGAUUGGAAAGGAGGUGCUUUUGGAGAUCACCUAUCUCAAGGGCCCCUGCAAGAAGCAAGAUUCCAAUUUCGCACAGCCAGAGGCCAAGGCACGGAUCAGCCCAACGAAGAAUCCUGGCUCCUCGAGAGUGCUGGCGAAGGUGCUUAGACCAGGACGAAUCUUCCGGGGAGAUCGCCUCUUCGUUUUCGAGCACCCGGAGGGUCCACAGAAGCAGUUAAUUCAGCACUGA